AUGGAAGCUGCCCUGACACAGAAGAUGAUAGACCUGGAGAAUGAAAAGGACCUGUUCAGUAAACAGAAGGGUUAUUUAGAGGAAGAACUCGACUACAGGAAACAAGCUCUGGACCAGGCUUACAUGAGAAUCCAGGAGCUGGAAGCCACGUUGUAUAACACUCUGCAGCAGGAUCCAGGAAGGCGGGCAAAUGAGUCUCUGAAUGAAGUGCAGAGGGAGGAUUUGCGAGCUGCGGUGGAGAAGGUGCGGAGGCAGAUCCUGAGGCAGAGCCGCGAGUUUGAUAGCCAGAUCUUGCAUGAGCGAAUGGAGUUGCUGCAGCAGGCACAGCAGCGGAUUCGAGAGCUAGAAGAUAAAAUAGAACUUCAAAAGCGGCAACUCAAAGAAAUAGAGGAGAAGGAUUUAGAAGCUGCAAAGGAUGCAUAUGCAAUGGAGUCUGAAGGAGAAGCAAAUAGUGCUGAAGUAGAGACCUUGAACCUCAGAAUAAAACAGCUGGAAAAAUCGGAGGAAAAACUGAGACACAUUUUAGAGGACUACAUGAAUUCAGAUCGUGUACUAAGAAACAGAGCAAAAGAGCUGGAGCUGUCACAGAGGAAACUUUUUGAAACAAUUGACCAAUUGAAUGCAAAGGUGCACCUGGUUGAAAAUGCAAAUCUGCGUGUUAAAGGGAAGCUCCAAGACAUGCAGGGGGAACUGAGAGAUUUGGUUCAAAACCAAGAGAAUGCAGAAAAGAAACAAAAAGAAAAGUUGCGUCGACUGCAAGACCAGCUGAAAAUCAAAAAGGAUGAAGUAAAGAGCCAGUCAGAGUAUUUUGAGCACUUCAAACAAAAGCAGAAGCAGCAGGCAGCAAUGUUGAGAGAACGGGUAUUUUACCUUCAGGGUCAUGUAUCUAGUCUGAGAAAGGAAGUUCUGGACCUCAAUGCCACGCUGGCUCUUCUCACCACUGAACUGGAAGAGAGAACCUUUCAAUAUCUCCAAAGGAAGCAGGAAACCACAUUACCUGGAACUCAGGGCUCUCUGCACUUUGAUAUGGAUGUAACCAAAAUGCAAACUCUCCUUGAAGAUGCUGAAUGUUACAUAAAAAGCCACCUUCAGACAUUGCAGCAAAACCUGACAAUGUUAGUGGAAAGAGAAGAAAGCAACAGCAGAGAACAAGCAGACCUACUAACCAAGCUCCAGCGCUCUCAGGACGCUGAAGACUUCCUUCUGAGGAAAUUAGAGGAAUCGUGCCAUAAUGUUUACGAGCUGAAGUUGUCUGAAGUCAAGCUUCAGGAACAAAUUGAGGAACUUAUGGAGGAAAACAAGACUUUAAAGGAUGAACUAGGAGUCAGGUUACAAAAAGAAGCAGGAAAGGAGUUACUGCCUGCAGGUAUAGAAAAUGGAGGAAAUGCUGUCAGUGUGAAUCUGAGUGGAGACCUCUUUCAGGAUAAACUACUAAAUCUGAAGUGGGAGACAGUCUUGGAUCCAUCCAGAAACAAAGCUACUCAAACUUCAUCUUUACCACAACAUGACAAGGAGUCUGAGAGCACCUCAGAACACAGCUAUGGUCAGCUUAAUAACAUAGAGAGAUUGCCAGAUGAAUUUUUAAUACUGUUUUUGAAAUGUGGCUGCAGUGCCUUGUCACCGAUUAUAGAAGAAUUCAGUCUACUUGAUGCUGGGAAGGUCAUUUUUGGUGUAUACAAAUCGGAUGUUUUCAAUUUGUUUGGAGACAUUUCAAGCCAACUUCUAAACAGACAACUACUCACAGCUUUCUCUGAGAGGCUGAACAAUAAUGGGAUAAGUACAGGAACCACAGAUGAAGAAGACUUCUUUCUUUUAAAGCAACGUGUUGUAAAUCAACCAGUUAAUCCUUUGCCUUCCUCUAAGAUUGUCGCUUUAAUUCAUCCUCAGCUCACCUUGCUAGAGCCAGAAAGCCGGAGUACACCUGAUGUCAGAUCAGAGUCUAUUUUCCAAGUGAACAAAGUGCUGAGUAUGAAUUACAACAGGGUAAACAAUGCUUUUCUUUCUAACAAUGUUUGCUGUCUUGUGAAAAGACGUACUUCUGGCAAAGAUUCUGCAGCUCCAGAGGACACCACUGCUAAUCAGGCGACUGCUGUUUUCAGACCUCUGGGUGAAAACCAUGACCUGGAAAAAUGUUUGCAAAAUAAAAUAGUUACACAAAAAAGUACAGAUGAAAACAAAAAAACAGAUAAAAAAGCAACUGAUGAAAAGAUUCAGCAUAAAAAAUGUACAGGGAAAUCUGAGAGAAAAGAGGAAGGGGAUGAAAAAGCACAAAAGAGAAAGAUAGCAUGUGUUCCUGAAGAAGCUAGCAUAGUUUUAAUUAACAUUACAUAUGAUGAAACUGAGGAAAAAGUUGGAGAUUCAGGAUUUCAUACGCACAACAUUCAAGAUGACCAAAAUAUAUACAACUCCCUUAAGGAAAUAGAGGGGCAGUCCCAAGAAAAUCCUGCACUUAAGGAUGACGAUAGAAAACAUUUAGAAAUCUGCAUCUCAGAAAAAGUGAACAAAGACUGUUUAGAAGAGAACAUUAGGAUGACAGAGGAGAAGGGAAAACAACCAGAGAAACUAAUGGAUCAUACAGAAGCAUGUCUACAAAGAAAUGCUGGACUGAAAAAAAAGAGAGAGCAAUCCUUGAAACUGUGUAAACUAGAAAAGAAGAGAAAUGCAUCAUACAAACAAAUGGCUGCUCAGAGUGGGGAAUGCUAUAAAAGUUCUCAGAAAUUGUCUCCACCAAAGGAAGAUAAAUGGCUUUAUCCACUGACUAUAUUGUCUCCUGGGCAAGAGAGCAGUGUAUGCUUGAGUAAAGGUUUAGCAGUAGAGGAAGAUUGUAAUAAAUAUGUUCUUUAUCCAUCAUCAGCAGAAGUAAACAAUGAAUGUGCCUCCCAAAUGCAUAGGUUAGAGGAAGUGGUGGAUGUAUAUUCCCAGAGAAUAUCCACACUGAUGCAGGAGAAAGAAGAUUACGUACAGAAACUCUGCAUGUUACAGAAAGAGUCAAAUGAUUACGCUCAAAAGAUGUGUGCACUAGAAGAGGAGAUAGAUGCAUAUUCUCAAUACAUAUUAGCAAAGGCUGAAACCAACAUUUACUCUUCUAAGCAGUUACCUGGCAAGGUGGAUGUGGAUGAUAAAUAUAACAAUAUCUUGGAUGAGAGUGAAACCUUUUCCAAGAAUCUCUCUCAUGUACAUAAAGAGAAAGAUAGGAGUUCUGUUAAAGAAAUGCCAGUGAGUGAAUCAAGCAAACUUUCCAAGAAAUUUUUAAUCCUCAGUGAAAAGAAAAUAAGGUAUUUCCAGUUGCUUUCUACUCUCAAAGAGGAGAGAAAUAGGUACUUCAAAGAAAUAGCUAAAUUACUGCAGGACAAAGAAAAGUAUUUAGAAAAAAAUCAUGAGCUGGAAGAAAAAUGUGAGGAAAAUUUGCAAAAAAUAUCUCAAUUAGAAGGAGACAAAAAUACCUUGUUGGAAAAUGUGUCUGAGCUAACACGUGAGCAAGAGAAAUGCAUGACAAUUAUUUCUGAACUCAAAGCAUGUAAAACCAAAUGCUACCAAACCAUCUCUGAUUUACAGGAGGAAAAACUUGUACUGAAAAAAGAUAUGGACAGAAUCCAGAAAGAAACUUCAGAACAGCUUCUAGAAUUUCAGAAAGCAGAUGAGAACCUUACUUUAGAAAACAAAGAAUUGAAAGAAUUAAUAUCUGAUGUGGGGAUCAGCUUUGAAGAUCUGAAAAAAGAUAAAAUUCUGGGAAGAAAAGGACAUGUGCAAAAUCUGAGUCAAGAAAAUAAGAGUAUACAACACCAAAUGCAGGCAAAAGAAAUGGGAGCAAUGAUUAGUAAAACGCAUAUGGAAGAGAAAGGGAUUCAGAUUGGAGAACCCUCAAAUGAUUUCACCAGAAAAGAGAGAGGUCCCUAUCUAGAGAAGGGCAGCGCACCUGAAAGCUAUAGUGUGAUGCAAGAACUGGAAAGGGCCAAGGAGGAACUAAAAAUACAACAAACAGAAUUAGAGAAGGCAAAAAAAGAGGCUCAGAAAUGGUACAGAGAACUUGGCUUUGCAGAUACCAGAUAUGAAGAGGUCAAAACUGAUUUGACACAGGCACUCUCUGAAUUAAAUCAACUUAAGCAAGCAAAUGCGGCUAAAAUGCUUAGAAAGCAAUGCUGCACAUUAAUGACUAAACACGCUGUAAAUGAAACCCAGGACUCGAAGGAGGAUAAAAUAGCCCAUAAGAGAUUAGAACAGCAAGUGCUGACCUUGAAAUCGCAGCUCAGGGACCAGGCCAUGUUACAAACUCAGUUUCAAGAUUUGCAGAGGGAAGUGGAACUUCUUCAGGCUCAGCUCAGUGAAAAGACAGAGGAACUACAGAAAAAAAAGACUGAGGCUGACCUGACAGUAGCUCCCCUGAAGGCUAAGUUGGCUUGUCUUGUUCGCAAAUGCCAUGAAAGAAACAGUUUGAUUACCCAGCUGGCCAGAAAAUUGCAUAGACAUGGAGCUAUGGAUUCUGUUUUAAGUGAAGAAGCAAAGGAUUUGGUGAAUGAUACUGUCCUUGCAGACUAUUUGUUCACCUUCACACCUGCAAAUAAUCAAAAGAGAGCAUCCCAACUAAUUAUAGUACCUGAAAAGACGGAAUACAAUCAAGCCUCUCAGACUUCCUUGCCUUCUGAAGAGGACCAUGAUUUGUCUUUGUGUGGGUCACUGAUUUCCAGAGUCUGCACCACUACGGAUAACUUUCAGCCAUCACAAGACAUGCCUCAGACUGUGCCUCCUGUAUUACUACCUUCUGAGGCAGAUACUUCAUGGGUCAAUGGACUGCUGCAUAAUCAUGGGAUGUACCGUGCUGAAGUGACUGAGGAGGAGAGGCCACCUGGCAGCUUUCAUCAGGAAGCAAAUGACAUCCACUGUUUUCAUACCACUCAAACCAAAUGCACUACUUCUCCUUUAAAAUUAACCAGCCCAGAGAGGAUUGUAGCCUUGCAUCGGGAACUUAGACAAAACCAUCGCAGUAAUUACCAGAUACCUCCAUUUAACUCUUUCAGUUCAAAUUUGAAGGCUGACUGCAGUUUGCUGUCUCAUGGCCAAGAUGUGACUUCCUGGGACACAAGGUCAAAGGUGAACAAUACACUUAAUUUUUCCGAACGUCGCCCUUUCCAUGCCAUAAAGGAGAGGGACCAUUUGUUACAAUGUGAUGACGUAUUCCAGAGUCAAACAGGAAAUCAGCAUGCAGGUGCUGUUCCCCAGGGAAGGAAAAAGAAAAAUGCCAUUAUGAAUAACACAUGGAUCUCUAGAGAAAAAACAGAUGGCUCAAACUCAGCUACCACAGCAAAAAGCUAUUUGUCAGACAUGUUGUCAGCAAGUAAUAAAGGUCGAAAUCCUGUGGGGAAGAAAUCAGAUUCACUGGAAAGAGUAAAAUCCUCAGAAAUGAAACAAGGACCGCCUGUACCAGUUGGUUUGGUCAACAUUAUUAAAACAAUAGGAGAAAGUACCAUGUUGCUUGGUUGGGAGAGACCAGUACUUGAUGAAUUAGGAUGUAGCAAUGGACAUUUCAUUACAGGAUACAGGAUAUGUAUUGAUGGGAAAUUUCAUAAGUUUGUUGCGAGUUCAGCAUGUACCAAGACCAUCUUAGAAAAUCUUGAUCUCUCUGUGCCAUUUCAAAUCAGUGUUCAGACUGUGAGCUCUUCUGGUUUGGUUUCUGAGAAGAAGAAUGUUCAGUUCAGUUGUCCAUCGACAGGCAAGGAAGCUGCUUCAUUUGCAUCUAGUGAUUACCCUGAAGAACAAAAGCCUGAUGUCAGCUCCCAGGAGGUCGUAGCAACAACAUGUAUUACCAAUGGCAAGUUUUAUCCUAUGGGUCAUCUUUUCCUGAAAAACUUGUUAUUGUCUUCAUGACAAGCACCUGUUUAACUUUGUAGUUUAAUGAGGAGACACUGUAAUAGAAAAGACCCUGUAGGGAAUUAUUGAUACAAAACAUUAAGUACUUCUAUAGACAUUAAAAGCAGUCUUCUAAUCUUAUAAUGAAUGGUAUGAAAGCAUCAUAUGAAAUUGGUAUCUUAAAUGUGUAGACACAGUUGCAAAGCUACAGAAUGAAUUCCCAGUCUACAUCUACAUGAAAAUACUGCAAGAGUUAAUUAUAAUGGAAGCAGGGAUUGUGGGUGUUUGCAGGGCCAGCUCCUUCCCAAUAUCUGGGUCCAAAUUUACUCAGCUGAGUUGAAGAUGGGACAGACUCUAGAUCCUACAGAGAAAUUAUUAGUAAUGGAGAGGUGAAAGGCAGUCUUGGAUCAGGUGACUGUGAAGACUAAUUGACUUUACUGUACCAUGGAAUGUAUUGGUAAGGUGCUAUUCAGCUCUAAAAAAAGUAUCCUCAUAGGAACUGAGAGAGAUGAAAUCCAAGGGCUAAUGGAUUAGAACUAUACAAAACUAAAAGUCUGGAUAUUCUUAAACAGCACUAUAAGAGGUGCAGGAUUUCACUGAGGGAACAUAUAAAUGGAACCAAGGUCUUUUUACAUGGAAGAGAGAAAAGGGUUGGUCAUGGAGUUGACAAAGUUUCUACUACAAAGGUGCUCUCAGAUAGCGAAGUUUGAAUAGAGAUUUGGAACUGAAUCCACCUGUCCGAAUGCACGUUAGCUUUUCAUUAUGCAACACUAUAUGUUAAACAGAUAGACCGGGGCAGACAAUUGUUUUGGGUGGAGGGCUGCUCACCCAGUUUUGGCAAGCUGUCGAGGGCCGCUUGGGUAGCCCUGCUCCUUGACAGAUGCCCUGCCCCCUGGUCACCAUCUUGGGACCAAUGUCUCAGGGCCAGCACCGAUGGGGCCCAGAGCAGGGCGCAGGCUGGCAAGGGUCUGUGGAGCCGGUUUGGGCUGCACCAGCAGGGAGGUGAGGGGGAGCUGGCCUGGCCCCAUAGAGCCCUUGCCAGCUGGGACCCUGUACUCCUACCAUCCUGCUCUGGGCCCUGCUGGCACUGGCCCUGGGACACUGGUGUGGGCCCUGUGCACCCGCUCACUCCCAGUGCUCCCCAGCCCCAUGGUACAAGCAGGGGCAGCAUGCAGCCCUGACCCCCUGCUUGCCAAAAGGGGAUGAGCUGGUGCUGAGUGCAGGGAAAAGCAGCCUCGCCCUCGCCCUCGCCCCCACCCUGUGGCUGGGGCUCCCUGCUGCAGCUGUCCACAGCCCAUGUGAGGGCAUGCUAUCUGGCCUGCAGGGCCUCUAAAAAAUUUAGAAAAUUAAUAUUGAGCUGUCCUUGGUUCCUGUCAAAAACAACAGAAACCAGGGGCAGUAGGACCCAGGGGAAGUCCAGCAGGCUCCCACAACAGUUUUCUAAAUUUUUAGGGGCCCCAGCAGGCUGGAUAGAAUGGUCUCGCAGGCCAGAUCCAGCCCGCAGGCCAUAUUUUGCCCACCCCUAAGAGAGACCUUCCAUUGUGACUUUAUACCAGGUUCCCUCAGCCACAGGAGGACCCAACUGCACAAGGAAAUGCCUGUAAUCUCAGGGCACUAAAAUAUGGAUUUGGUUUUAGCUUUUGUUACAUAGCUCUUGUAGAGAUAAUGUGCUGUUUGCUUUGUCCAUUUUUUUCUCCCUUUCCUGAAUGAUUCUACAUUAGACACAGCCCAGAAUGAAAACAGAGGUAAUGGGGUGCAUACAAUAUGCAGUGAGGAGACUGGCUUAAGUUCAACACAGUAAAGAGAGUAGCUUGUGCCAGAUAUAUUUGUUGAAUCACUGCUUAAAAAAACUUUCCCUGACCCCUUCCUCUUGCUUAAGAGCUACUUUACGACUUUCCAUAAAGAAAAAAUAAUCAUGGAUGGUCUUUUAGCUUAAAAGAGCAUGUAAAGUAUUGUGGCUUUUUAUGAAUGCAUGACCUGAUAUUGGGGCCUAGGGGCAAGUUUAACCAAGUUCAGUAUGAUUAAUUGUUCAGGCAUGAGCAUACUUUAUAACAUCCCAUUCUUGCUCCUGGCAUUCCAUUAGAAAGGGAAUCCUUCAAUGUAUCACUCCUAGACUCAUAUCUCUCUUUAUUAACUGUGUACACACUGAGUACAAACUCCAGGAGACUAAACUGACUGCUCUGUGUGCCUCCAUGUAGAUCAAAUCAACUAAGUUAACUUAAAACCUCGAUGCAAAUUUUCUCAUUGAAAACACCAGGUUGCUUUCUUUAUUUCUUCACUUUUUUGAUCAGAAAGGUAAAAUGCUGAUUUCUAACAAUGUGGGGCCGAUGCCCUUUAUGCUAAAUUAGGAAAAAUAAACAAAAGAAAAUAUUCUAUAAUCCCUAAAUGAGAGAAGCAUUUAUUUCUUCAUUUCAUUAGUCUUUUUAUGUGUUUGGAUGACAGUGAACUGGAACUGAAACAUUGCACUCUGGCUUGUCCUCACUAAGCUGCGAGCAUAUAGGCAUUCUGGGUACUCCCUUCCAUACUGAAUUCUACCCCUGUGCUUGUAAUAUGUAA